GAUUUCUUCUUCUGAUCUUCUUCGGCUCGAGAGUAAUGGCUCCGAGGUUUUAAGUUGAAAUUUGAUGGAGAUACUAUGAUGGAGUCCAAUCCACUUGUCUUAAGGGGUGGCUCGCUUUUUGUACAUAUAAACCGCACAAUUGAUGAAAGUUACUUUGAUGAUGAUUGGGAAGUUACUGUACCCAAUACUGGCAGUACUGUGGUCUUAAUAGGGAAGACAGGAAAUGGAAAAAGUGCCACAGGGAACAGUAUUUUAGGUAGGAAGGCAUUCAAGUCACAGGCUGCUCCUUCUGGUGUGACUACUUCAUGUGAACUACAGCAAACCGUAUUUCAAGAUGGUCGUAUUCUGAAUGUGAUCGACACUCCCGGACUAUUUGAUAUUUCACCUGAGUCAAGGUCCAUGGGUGAAGAUAUCACGAAGUUUUUAGAGUUGGCUAAGGAUGGCAUUCAUGCUGUCCUUCUAGUACUUUCAGUUAGGUCUCGCUUUUCACAAGAAGAGGAGGCUGCACUUACUAAAUUGCGAGCAGUUUUUGGGGAGAGAAUAAUCAAAUACAUGAUUGUAUUAUUUACUGGUGGUGAUGACUUAGAAGGAAAUGAUGAUACGUUGGAAGAUUAUUUGGCGCGUGACUGCCCUGAGCCUUUGCAGCAAAUCAUACAAUUGUGUGAAAAUAGGGUUGUGCUUUUCGAUAACAGGUCUAGGGAUCCAUCUAAGAAAGCCCAGCAGCUGCAUGAACUACUCACUCUGGUAGACUCAAUAAUAAUGAGCAACAAUAGGCGCCCAUAUUCUAAUGAACUUUUUGCUGAAAUCAAGAAAGAAGCUUUAAGGAUGCAAGAGGCACUGAAAGACAUUGAAUCAUUGGAAGGACAUAAUGAAUCAGAGAUAAAUGGGUUGAAGGAACAAAAUAACAAAUCUUAUGAAGAACAGAUGCGUCAGAUUUCCGAGAUGGUGGAUCAGAAGAUGAAUUACCAUAUAGAAAGUAUCUACAAACUACUGGAAGAGGAGCAAAAUGCUCGACGCGAAGUCGAAAGAAUUUCACAGGAACUGUUGGCUGCCGAGCGCAAAGAACGAGUGGAAGAAGGAAACAGAUCGAAAGAAGAGAUCAGGAAACUCAAAGAGGAGUUACAACGUGCUCGCAUGGAGAGUGCAAACAUAGACAUCCGAAAAGAAUUUCUUAACAAAUGUGCUAUCUUGUAAUCUUCUUAAUAAUUUAGGUCUAAUUAGCAGUUUGCAUUGCUACACUAUGGGCUAAAAUCAGCAGUAGUUGUUUUUUUUAGCUGUGUGCUUGUUGUGCAUAAUUUAGAAACAAAUAUAAUACUUGAGAGAUACAUGCUAUAUAGAUAUAUAGUGAACUUUUUUAAAA